GUCAACGGGGCCUGGAUGAAGGGGAAGCUGGUGCAGACGGGGACCAGGGCUCUGCUGCUCAGAACCACAGCAGUUCUCACCUGACGUCACUCAGGAAGCAGCCAUGGCAAGAGGAUGAAACCCGAGCUGAGGACACGUUGACAGAGAGCCACCUCCGCGUCCAGGCUUCAGAGGAAAGUCACAAUGGAAGGACGCAGCAGGCCUCCAGGAAGGCCCGAAUCAGCCACCCUCCGCUUCCCAGUGACAAGUCCCUCUUCACGUUCUUCUGUGGCGCCUUCCCAGACAAACAAGGGAACGUGAAACCCCACAAGGCCAGAGGCGGCUGCUUGUCGUCACAGGAGCCUCCUGCUGAAAAAUGCCUUUUCCCGCCUAUAGCGUCCGCCAGAGGCUCAGAGCAGAGUACCCUGGGGGAAGCAGAGAAAAGGAAGGCACCAAGGGCUCUGAAGUUGCCUCGUAUUUUAGAAGAACCACCCAGAGUCCUCAACCCCCUGCGGAGCCGAUUUAAAGGCCAUGUACCUCCAAUGGAGCUCUUCAUUAUCCCGAUGGAGAUCCAUUUCCAUACUCCACAGCCCCCCAGAGAAAAGGCCUGCAGAAGAGGUGCCCAGCAGCCCCUGUCAGAAGCAGAAGAAGCCAUGCCUCUGGGGCGGCCUCCCCUGAAACGUCUGUUCUUAGGAAGGACAAGGGGCCUAACAGCGCAUCUCCCAGUGGACAGCAGCCAGGACACACCCUCACUGCCAGGUACUUCCUCUCUCCCUCCAGCAUCCCGCAGCAAGCUCACUCCAAAUGGAAACCAGGCAAGACAAAGGAGGGUCCUCAGCAGAGAGAAAGGAGGCUGCCAGGGGGAUGCGUUGGCCCAGAGCGUAGACCAACCUUUGGGACCCUCGCCCCCAAUUGAAGGAAAGAAAAGCCCCGAGAUCCAGAGGGACUCGGACAGCGCCGGGACACCAGGCUGCAGCAGUCCCCCGGAUCACCCAAUCGAGAGGAUACUGCCAGCAGGACCAGAUGAGUACAGAGAUCCCACAUGGAAACACUUCUUGCCAAAUCCAGAAGGUGAAAAUGUCCGCCUGACCCUGCAGGGGCUCAUGGGAACAGAGGCGCUUCCCCCGGGACAAG